GCCUUCCGUCCCCGCCGCCCACCCCGCGCGCAGCCGCCGCUCGCGGAGCCGCCCGCAGGACCACCCGCCGCCCUCCGCCGCCCCGCGCCCGGCGCCAUGCCCAAGAACAAAGGUAAAGGAGGUAAAAACAGACGACGAGGUAAGAAUGAGAAUGAAUCAGAAAAAAGAGAACUGGUGUUCAAGGAAGAUGGGCAAGAAUAUGCCCAGGUGAUCAAGAUGUUAGGCAAUGGAAGACUGGAGGCAUUAUGUUUUGAUGGUGUGAAGAGGUUAUGUCAUAUCAGAGGGAAACUAAGAAAAAAGGUUUGGAUUAAUACAUCAGAUAUCAUACUGGUUGGCUUACGAGACUACCAGGAUAACAAGGCUGAUGUUAUUCUAAAGUACAAUGCAGAUGAAGCCAGAAGUCUGAAAGCAUAUGGGGAGCUUCCAGAACAUGCUAAAAUCAAUGAAACAGACACAUUUGGUCCCGGAGAUGAUGAUGAAAUCCAGUUCGAUGAUAUUGGAGAUGAUGAUGAAGAUAUUGAUGAUAUCUAAUUUGGAACAGAGGUUUACAUUCCAACUUUCUUCCUCCAAGGAUUGUUCUACAUUGAUAUUUUGAUUAUUUUUUUGGGUGAAGUCCCUUUCUUUUAAGAAGACUGAAAAUUCUCGGUAAAGAAUGUAGUUUGUUACAUCAAAAGGAUUUAUUUUCAAUGUUUGUUUUAAAGUAUUUAUAUUUCUUUAGAGAUGGAUAAUGCUGGAUUAUCACGAAGGCUAAAUGAAUUGCCACAAAUAUUUUGUCUCUUCACCAAUUAGAGCUUUUACCUCUGGAUGUAAGUGAGAUAAAGUGACAUGGGCUGUAAAAGACUGCAUUUUCCCUCUUCUGCUUUCAUCACUACAAUGCAGUUAAUCUUGUAUUUUGAAAUAAAAAUUGUUUACCCUGUAAUUAUCAUGGAUUUUGAUUAAAUACCCAGUUCAGAUUAGUAUCAAAACAUACUAUGCAGUGUCUGUCCUUAUACCCCUUGCCUUGAUGUUAACUUCGAAAAGAUUUUGAUAAUAUAAAGGGAAGGCAGAAAGCUGCAUUUAAAUUCAUAAUGCGUGAAUCUGCUUUUCAUGUCUACUAGCAUGCUGCUAUUUUUAUACUGAUUUUGAUAAUUAAAAACACUCAUUUCGAAAAUGUAAAUUUGCCGCAGUGGAAAGGUAGAGGGAAGUAACAAUGAAAAGUAAGCAGCAUCUCAAAUUUGCAGUUGUUAAAAACUGUCUUGUAUGCAUAGCUCUUCUGUAUUUCACGUACAGUAGUUAAGCUGUAGUUGCAGAAGAUGAACACUGGGUGGCACCCAACUUAACAGGGAUACCGCGAUACAAAACAUUAGCAGUUGGGUUUGUACUGAAAAAUCCGUAAAACAGUUUUUCCCCCAAAGUGAAUGCUUAACAUUCUUGAUAUGUUAAACAUGUAGAAUAUUUUUACAUUAUAGAAAAGGUUAUGUUAAGAGUAGAGAUUUAUUUUAAUCUUAAACUCCAUGCAGUGUAAGGUACAACAUGAAAGUUUAUGUGAACUUUGAAUAAUGAUAUAAAUGAGAAAUUACACUUGGGUCAAACGUAGGAAGAGAAUCUUUUCAUCCAGGAUGAAUCACUGGAACAACUUAAUGGAAAGAUUCUUCUCCACCUUUGGACUGGAGGAGUCAGUCAAAAAGCUGAAUAAAGACUAACAUCAUCAUGCAAAUAUUAUUUUGUGGUAGCCUUAGUUUGUCUUCAAUUAUGUAUUUAACAACUCUGAAAGCAGAUUAAUGCAAAACCUCCUUUUGUGCCAUAAAAAUCUGAUUCUUGACACUUGUAUUCGUUAUACAGUCUUUUUGGUAUGAUGUAAAGUGACUACCCCCAAUAGAUAAAAGCAAAAUGGCUUUAAAUAUGGAGUGGCCUCAUUGAUUUACAUGAUUUUUGAGAAGGAGUUCUGUGCUAGAUUUGCACUUCCAGAGCUUUUAAUGUCCUCUCUCUUACGUUUUUCCUUCUUCAUAGUAUCUCUAUCCUUUAUUGGAUCUGAUCUUAUUCUAGGGAUGACUAUUUCUUAGUAUCGAGUAGUUUUGCCAAAUGUUUUGUGGGUUUUAAAUGCUCAUUUUAAAAACUUGCUAAAUAUUGGGAAAAGAUGCUAUUGACAUAGUAUUCUUACUUCCCUGAUGUUAAAGUAUACAAGGUUACUGUCUUUGUAUGUCUACGGAGUUCAAUUGUGAAUCAACAUAAAAAUGGUAAAGUUUCAGGAUAAGGUUUAUAAACCGUUCCAUAGCUUACUGGUGUCCUCAGCCUAUUGAGCAGCUCUGAAAAUGGUUAAAAGCUUUCACAACUGGGCUUGAGGUCCAAGUGCAAAAGAUUUCUGUUCAGUUGUGCUAGCAGAAAGGUUAAUGAUUAAAAUACAGUGAAUGCUACUGAAGAUAAAAAUACUAUGGAAUUUAUCUUGCCAAAACCAGUAUUAUACAUAGGGGAAAAAUGUAAAGUACGUGGUCACUGCUAAGGAGAAAUACAGAUAAAUACACUGCUGUUGCAAGGAACUCCUUUCAAUGUACUGGAGAUCUCUGGUAUAAUAGAUACUUCAGCUCUGGAGCAAAGAUGAUAUUCUGUUCCUGGCAGAAUUGGUUCCAGUCUUUGUCAGUCACAGGCUUGUAUCUGGCUCACCCAAAACUCUUCAGAGAUUUUAAGGAAAUUUCCCAUUUAUUAGUGCUCUGGCUCAACACCAUGUCGUUGAUGUUUUCAUGCUAGGCUGCAUUGUCUUUGAGUACAUUCCCUCAUUCUCAGCUAGAGUUUCUUUCACAGAGCAAUCUGAGCAGCUUUAUACUGUCUCUUUUUUUUUUGGGGGGGGGAGGUAACAGCUUUGACAAGUAGCUCCCUUUCCAGCGUCUCCAUGUGAAGAAGGAGGUAAAACAGUAGUUGCCAGGUGCAGGAUUACAGGGUUACUGACUAAAACCACGAAAGGUGCUCCAUCUGUAACAGUAUUUUCAAAGUAUUUUUUUAAUAAGACUCAAUAUUGGGAACUGAUGCUGGCUUUUCACCUGUAGUGUAACAUUGAAAGUAGAGAUUCAAAGAUGAAUUUUCUGCUACUGAAGUGUAAACUUUGUGUUCUCCAGGAUGUUUCACACUUUGAGAUCAUUUUGUGAUUAAAACUUUGAAACACGA